AUGUUUCCAAUCCGAACACACCGCACCGUGGCACGAGGAUGGCUAUCCGAACAUAUAGAUGUAGUUGGGACAAACAUUGAGGAUGUGGCGAGGCCGCUGCCUCUCCAUGGCCCUCUUCUUUCCCGUCCUGUUUUAUUUAUACGUAUCAGUUCAGGAUUAGACCCUCAACCGAGGGGAACAUUUUUCCGUGCUUGUCAGAACGGAAGUCUUAAUGUUGUGGGCGAAGUUUUCUUUGCACAUUUCUUUACAGGUGAUCUGAUUCAAUAUUUUUGUGCGGUUGAACUAGUGACUAUGCCAUUUCAUGCUGCAAAUUGUUUGGUUUUUUUUUUGUGA